AUGGAAGAACAAUAGAUAAAGAACAGAAAAAAUAGAAUAACUCUUUCACUUCACUAACCAAUAUAGUAUACGAUUUAGAAAAUAUUUGAAGAGGGAUUAGAAUAAAAUUUGAAACCAAUUAUAUAAUCUUCAACAAAUGUAGAAUUUUCUUGAUUAUUUAGAAUAUUAAAUCAAAUAAAUCUCAAAAGUAAAACAAAAUGCAGCUAUUUUAUAAUGCAAAAUUACAUAACAUCACUAUCACAGAUAUUGAAGAUGAUUUAAAAUCAAGAAUGAAUCAUUCUGUAAAAAUUUUAAGGACUGAAACAAAAGAAGAUUUAAAUUAACGCCUACAGACUCUUCCUGUAAAAAAUGUAACCAUGAAAAACUCUUAGAUAAAGAGAAGGAGACUCAAAUUACGUAUUUCUGUUAUAAAUCAAAUGAUGAUGUAUACUGAAGAAUAAUUAUAAGAAAAAUGCAUAGAUAUUUUCCGAAAGCUGGCUAAGCCAAUAGCUGGUAUACCAAUUCUGGAAAAAAGCUAACUUUAUUAAUAUUUACUAUAAAUUUUCCAUAAUGAAUAAAUAACUAUGAAAACAAUUAAAUAUCUAUCUGUCCCUUAAAGUAUGAAUUAUAAGUAAUAUUGCGACGUGAUUAUGAAUUUUAAUGAAUGGAGUAAAGUUGGUAAUUGAUGCUUAAUAUCUAGAUAUUCUCUUUUAUUGUUUUUAUGUAUUUUAAGAUAAUUACUCAGCAAUAUUAGAUUCAAAAUCUUUAUUUUAAUUAUUAACCUCAGAGUAAUGUUUUUCAGAUGAUGCAAAUUUUAUUACUAAAACGUUAAGGUAAAGAUAGGAAUUGAAUAAGAGAAGCAAUUAUAAAACUUAUCAUACUAAAUUGCUAAAAAUUCCUAAUCUAACAUUUCGAAGAUUUAAACGAGAAUAAGAAUCGAUUAUAGAAAAGCUUCGUAAAUAAAAAUUAGAUUUGUAUUAAAUUAAAACAAAGAUGAUAAUAUCCAACAUAAAAGAGAAUCAAAUUGUAGAUAAGGAAGAGAAUUUAUAUUAAUUACCAAUCUAAAAGGAGGAUGAUAUUAUAGUUACAUUUGAGACUUUUAAAUCUAUUUAUAGUUAAUCUCAUCCUUGUUUUUUUGGAUGGUUAUUGAAGUGUCUUGGGGAUAUUGAUAUAUAUUUUGUAGGGUAAAAAUUAUGA